AUGGGUUUAUUAUGUUGUCAUGCUCUAAGGGUGUUGAAUGUAAAAGAGGUUACUGAGAUACCAUCUCAGUACAUAUUGAAGUGGUGGACAAAAGUAGCAAAGAAAGGAUGGGAUGCAAAUGAGCAUGGAGAAUCUUUACAAUUGGCAAGAAAGUCCAGAUAUCAUCUUCCCUCAUCAGCCUUCGAAAAUUACAGUGGGAGUCGUGGGGCACACGCAGUUGAAGGUGUGACGAGGAUGAAUGUAAAUGUAGUUCCAUAUACUCAAAACAACUUGGAGGACUCAAAGAACCUUUUUGCCGAUCUUAACCCAUUCCAAAUCAAAGGACCUGGGAAAGCUUCUAUGUAUAACAAACCUAUGGAGAACAAAGUUGAAGAGCUUCAAAGACAGAGAAAUAAUGUUGCCUUUGGUCGACCUCCUGCAUCAUUAAUGUGGAAAAAUAAAUAUGCUUUCAAUGAAGUCCCUAAAAGAAAGGAGAAUGAUAAUUAUAUGGAUGGUAUCUUCCCAAGAGUUAAUCGGGAACCUAAUGGGCAUAAUCCAUCAUCUGCAGCUUCCACCAGCUCUACUGUAUUUGAACAGAUCAAUCCUGGUGGUUUCAAAUCAACUGCUCAUUCAAAUAUGUCAGAUAGAGAUGGCGAUGCCAAAAAUUAUAGGGGGGAACAACCCAGGGCUAAAGGUUAUUUACAGAAUGGCACAAUAGAUGUUAAUGAACAUCAGAACAAUGAAAUUGGCUUCCAUGAUCCUAGAAAGUUCACGCAUGACAAAUUUAUGGAGACCAAUUUGAAACUGAAGGAUCCAGAAAGUUCUAGCUAA